AUGCAAACGCGCCCACCGUUUCCUCACACUAAGAAAUGGAGUAUUCAUCUCUCAAUUCCUCGGCUGCACCCACCACCGCUGUCCGCGGUGUCACAGUCCCCUCAGAAAACCAAUCUGCCGCUUCCCCCAGCCUUUAACGAGGUCACCAUCUCCACCGAUCACCCUCCUCUCCGUGUCAUCCCUGGUUCCUAUGGCAUUCCCUUUUUCGGUCCAAUCAAAGAUCGACUCCAGUAUUUCUACGGCACCGGCGGCCCAGUCGAGUUCUUCAAGUCCCGUGUUCAGGAAUUCCGGUCGACGGUGUAUCGGACCAACAUGCCUCCUGGCCCUUUCAUCAGCAGCGACCCAAAAGUCAUCGCCCUCCUCGACGCCAAAAGCUUUCCCAUUCUCUUUGAUGUAUCCAAAGUUGAAAAGAAAGACGUGUUCACCGGAACCUACAUGCCCUCCACCAAACUCACCGGAGGCUACCGUGUACUCUCCUACCUCGAUCCUUCCGAGCCUCGACAUGCUCAGCUUAAGAACCUCAUGUUCUUCAUGCUCAAAUCUUCAAGCAGCAGAACAAAAGCCGGCGAAGCUCCAUUCAACGCCGUCGGUGAACAAGCAGCUUUCCGGUUCCUCGGCCGGGCUUACUUCGACGUCAACCCGGAAGAUACAAAAAUCGGAAAAGAUGGCCCGACACUCAUUAACAAGUGGGUGUUUUUCAAUCUCAGCCCGAUACUCACCCUCGGCCUACCGUGGUACAUUGAGGAACCUCUGCUCCAUACUUUCCGGCUGCCAGCUUUUCUGAUAAAGAAAAGUUACCAGAAACUUUACGAUUACUUCGACUCAGCUGCAACUACAGUCAUCGAGCAAGCAGAAAACCUAGGGAUCCCAAAAGACGAAGCAGUAAACAAUAUCUUAUUCGCUGUGUGCUUUAAUACAUUCGGUGGGAUGAAGAUCUUAUUCCCCAGUACACUCAAAUGGAUAGGCCUUGCUGGUGAAAAUUUGCAGACCCAGUUGGUGGAGGAGAUCAGAGGUGCUAUAAAUUCCUACGGCGGCGGAAAGGUGACAAUGGCUGCGAUAGAGCAGAUGCCGUUGAUGAAGUCCGUCGUGUACGAGAUUCUUAGGAUUGAUCCACCGGUAACUUUCCAAUAUGGGAGAGCUAAAAGCGACCUCACCAUUGAAUCACAUGACGCUGCUUUCAACGUGAAGGAAGGUGAGAUGUUAUUCGGGUACCAACCAUUUGCAACCAAGGACCCGAUAGUAUUUGACAGACCUGAAGAAUUUGUCGCUGAUCGGUUCGUUGGGGACGGAGAAAAGCUGUUGAAGUAUGUGUGGUGGUCAAAUGGGCCGGAGACGGAGAUUACAACGGUGGAAAAUAAGCAAUGUGCCGGAAAAAGCUUUGUUGUGCUGAUAACAAGGUUGUUCGUGGUUGAAAUUUUCCGGCGAUAUGACUCUUUCACCGUGGACGUGGCUACGUCUGCUUUGGGUUCGAGUAUCACAAUCACGUCCCUGAAGAGAGCUAGUACCUGA